AUGCCUGCGCCUCCAGGCAGCUUACCUUAUACUUUGCGUGCAAACGCUCGCCGCGCAAAACAGCUGACUGCCCUUGCCAAUCUUGAGCGUCGUUUGUUUGGUCCACCCGCUGCUUCCAUCUCGAGCAAUCUUCAAUCUUCAGAUGAUGUUGCCAUUGAUUCUAACUCAUCACCGAUCGAUGUCGAUUCAUCUGGCUUGUCUGGAUUGUGCCCAAUUGUCCCUUCUAUUUCACCUUUAUCAGGUUCCAGAGCGGCAGAUUUCCACGAAGAACCUUCUGCAAAUCACUCGCUUUCAUCGCCUCCCCAUGCCCCAUCAAAUAUCAGAAACAUUUCAUCCCCUUCAUCAUCAAACUCGCUAAUUUUUGAUCCCGAAGAAUUGGACCCAGGUUGCCGUUUGUUCCGACCACUAGUGCCAUAUUCUCUUCAUCUGACCAAUCUUCCUUUAAUUGACCGCCACUUUUCUCAAUCAAAUUCCCCUUUUUCACGUCCACCACCAACUGCUGUCUGGACCCCAGCUGUUCGAUCCACUUACCUUGAUCUACCCGGUGCGCCUCGCGAGCUUUUAGGCUUCUCGGCUAUCCUCAGUCACGGUGCUGUAUUUGUCUUCAGUGGAUUCUCUGACGACCAGACCUCAGCCGACCAGUCUACUUUACCUCGGCAUCAACCUUCCGGUGGCUUCCGAAGCCCAGAGAGCCUUCUUUCCGGUAGUCUAAGGCCAUCUCAGUCUGGCCAGUCGUGGCCGGCCAAUAACUUGGUCUCUGGGUCUUUGGCUCAAGGUGUUAGGCUUUCACCCAUCACAGUAAGGUCUAAGCCGCAAUCAGCCAAGCUUUACGUGCUGCAACCAAGAAGGCUGGUUGAUGUGCUUGCGUUCUAUCAUUGA